AGUAUUAGGUAUGCCCUUUAGAAAAGGCACACUCUACCUUGGACUCCUGUCUAUACAUCUCUUAUUAGAAAGAAAGGAGACCUUAUAGAGAUCACAAGGAAGACUAUUUGUUGAGGAAUCUUUGAAAACUUUGAGUGAGAGAGAAAGAGAGAGAGAUGGGAAGGCCACCUUGCUGUGACAAAGUUGGAGUGAAGAAAGGUCCGUGGACUCCAGAGGAAGACAUAAUAUUGGUCUCUUACAUUCAAGAACAUGGUCCAGGAAAUUGGAGAUCAGUUCCCACCAAUACAGGUUUGCUCAGAUGCAGUAAGAGCUGCAGACUUAGAUGGACUAAUUACCUCAGGCCUGGUAUUAAGCGUGGUAACUUCACUGAUCAUGAGGAGAAGAUGAUAGUCCACCUCCAAGCUCUUUUGGGUAAUAGAUGGGCAGCCAUAGCAUCCUAUCUUCCACAGAGAACAGACAAUGAUAUAAAAAAUUAUUGGAACACCCAUUUAAAAAAGAAACUCAGCAAGCUUAAUUCUGGUCCUGAUGGCCAAAAACAAGAUGGGUUCUUAUCCUCACAGCCGAAGGGUCAGUGGGAGAGAAGGCUCCAGACAGAUAUCCAUAUGGCUAAGCAAGCUCUAUGUGAGGCUUUGUCCCUUGACAAACCAACCCAAUUGCCUGAUUCAAAGCCCUCUAAUAAUAGCUAUCACCCUUUUACCAAACCAUAUCAAGCAUCAUCCACAUAUGCAUCAAGUGCUGACAACAUAGCUCGAUUGCUCGAGAACUGGAAGAAAAAUUCAUCACCAAAAUCAGCUCAGACAAACUCAGAAACCACUCAGAAUUCCUCAAACAACAACCUUGGGGCAACUGGUUCCAGUUCUAGUGAAGGGGCACAAAGUGCCACAACACCAGAUCAAGCUUUUGACUCACUGUUGAGCUUCAAUUCUUCCACCUCUGAAUCUGUGUCGGUGGAUGAGACAGCGAAUUUGACACCAGAAACCAGCCUCUUCCAAGAUGAAAGCAAGUCAAAUAUGGAGACUCAAGUCCCUCUCCAAUUGAUAGAGAAGUGGUUGUUUGAUGAUGGCACAACUCAGGGGCAAGAUGACCUAAUUAACAUGCCACUAGAGGACAAUGCAGUGUUUUUCUAAAAUGAAGUCCAGCUGCCUAGGUUUUUAGGGGUUUCCCCUUUGUUUUUUGUGGUUUAGGUCUUUAAGCUUUUGUAUAACUCCUUUCUAGCCCAAGCAGAAAGAUAACAAUCCCUCACUGGAGGAAGUAAAACUGUAAAUUAAUAAGUUCAUCUAUAUUAUACGCUAUGUGUACUGGAAAAUAGUAAUAAACCUCUUCUUGUCUUCUUAGAGCUAA